AUGGCGAAUAUGGGGAAAAUUGCCAAGAGAAUUGUCACUGCUUUAAGGAUCAAGAAUGUGCUACAGAUUCAGGUUUUUGCCCCAAUGAAUUUAUGUGAUCCUGGCUUCCAUGGACAGAACUGCAGCCGAAAUUGUCAUUGUUAUAAUGAUGACGACUGUAACCCUGUGAAUGGUAUAUGCAAAAAUAAGCUAUGCUCUUCUGGAUGGCAAGGAGUCACGUGCGGUUCACAAUGUGGAAUUAGAAACUUCGGUCAAGACUGUAGUUAUACAUGUAACUGUGUGAAUGGAACUUCAUGUGAUCCAAUGAAUGGACUGUGUUCCAUUCCGGACUGUGAAAAAGGAUGGCAAGGAAGGAAUUGCAGUAUCGGUUGUGAUAAACAGACCUUCGGUUAUAAUUGCAAGCAUGUAUGCCAUUGCUAUGAAUGUGACGAUAAAGACGGGUCGUGUGGAAUUUAUUCUUGCAACAGCGACUGGGAAGGUGAAUCAUGCUCACAACGGAUCCACACAAAUGAAAAGCAAGUUGAAAGUCCAAACACUGGCGAAGGAAAUACAGCGGUGUCGGUGUUGUCGACUCUGCUUGUUGUAUCAGUUAUUGGACACAUAGUUGUGGUGACAAUAUACUGCAGAAGAAAAGCAAGGAAAAGCCAUGCCAAAGAGAAAAAGACGGAGCAAAAUUAUUACACUGUACCAGCACCAUCCAUGUCUUCUGAUUAUGCCACACUUGACGUUACAGAAAUGAGUAAUGUUCCCAGUGAAAGACGAUACAUAAAUGUGAAUGAUGAUUUAUAAAGAAGUGACAACUUCCCCUUAUAAAAUGGCAGUUUAAAUCAUUAGCUUACUUAAUGAAUGUUCAUCCACGACAAUCUGUAACUAUUCAACGUAUUAAUUGAUAAAGAAAGUUGAGCACUCCAUUUAAGCGUGGUUUAAACGUUGUACACAACAAUCCCCUUCAUAAUAUACGUUACA